ACCUCCGCCGCCCACGGAAGCAGACGCGGCUUCGCACUUCCGCUGCUGGCAACGCCGUUCCCUCACAAAAGAUGGCGGCGCCCUUGUCUCUUCAGCUGGAGUUCGGAGGUGGAGCAGAGCUCUUGUUUGAUGGGAUCAGAAAACAUCAGGUGACUCUGCCCAGCCAGAAAACACCUUGGGAUGUUCGAAACCUGCUGGUGUGGAUUAAAGAGAACCUGUUGAAAGAGAGGCCGGAACUGUUUGUGCAGGGAGAUUCUGUGCGGCCUGGAAUCUUGGUGCUGAUCAAUGAUGCAGAUUGGGAGUUGAUGGGGGAGCUGGACUAUCUGCUCCAAGACCAAGAUAACGUUGUUUUCAUCUCCACCUUGCAUGGCGGCUAGACUGCUGGGAGUAGGAAAAAGAACAUUUGUGCUGGUGUGCAGAAGGGAUUCCUGGCCCAGGCAUAAACAUUCCUUGCUCUCUUGGCUGUCACCCCAGAUCAGAGUUGGUUUCUCAUUA